AUGGAGAAGACUAAAGAAAAUCACUUCCAUAUAGUGUUGUUUCCAUGGUUAGCAUUUGGUCAUAUUAUACCAUUUCUAGAGUUAUCAAAGAGUUUAGCUUCAAAUGGAAAUGGUGAUAUUCAAAUAUCUUUCAUAUCCACUCCAAGUAUCAUCAAACGACUGUCACCCAUUUAUCCACCAAGUCUCAAGAGUCUCAUCAAUUUCGUAUCGAUUGAUUUACCUUUGGUGGAUAACUUACCUGCCGGUUGUGAAGCAACUAUCGAUUUAAAAGAUGAAGAACAAACCCAGUAUCUUAAGAUAGCCUAUGAUUUAUUACAGGCGCCAGUCGAGAUGUUUUUGAAUCAGAUUAAACUAGAUUUGAUAAUAUGCGAUGUCAUCAAUUGUUGGAUGCCAGAAAUUGGAGCUAAACUUCAUGUUCCUACUGCAUUAUUCAGUGUGUCAUAUGCACCAUCACUCGCAUUUUUUGGACCGCCAUCGGAAUUUAAAGAAUCAAAUAGCAGUCGCUCGCCGGAGUACUUAACUUCACUACCGGAAUGGAUUCCUUUUCCUUCGAGUCUUGCAUAUCGGUACCAUGAAGCUGUGAGUAUGAAUGAGAUUUUAAACACUAAAGAUGCAACUGGACUGUCAGCUAGUGACAGACUUGUAAAAGUUAUUGAAGGUUGUAACUUCGUUUUACUCAAAAGUUGUACAGAAUUUGAUGGAGAUUAUUUGAAUCUCCUCAAAGAUCUCUACCAAAAACCGGUUGUAUUCCGGUCGUUUACUACCGCCUCCUGCUCGGGUUUCAUUAGUUAA